AUGCUGCCUCCUCCACCGAUAGCCGCCAGCGUUUAUGCAUUGCCAAAACCGCAAACGCAGCAGCAAAGGAUGCCAGCAGACUGGGUGGCUCUGCAGAGGAAGGAGCAACAACUCCAAGAGGACUUACAAUCUCUCCUUGACGCCCAAGCCGAAGGCCUUAUCGCCGGCUUGAACAGUGUGCCAGAUGACCAAGCAUCCGAUGGCAGCUCGACACCAACAGCACAGAGCGUACGCCUAGGCAUAAAGUCGCCGUCCCGGCGGGUCGGUCGCCGCAAGCCCGGACUUCGAGCAGCACGACGUAGUAUAUCCCGCACCAUUCAAGAGCUCGCUUAUGUAAAGGCAGAAGAGAGAAACCUGCUUGAAAAUGACCUCGACGACAACCGAGCUAUACUGAACCAGGUCGCAAGCUGGGAGGACAAGCAGAAUAAAAUCCUUCAGAAGAUUACGAGCAUCGAGCAGGGAAACAACAGCUCUAGGUCACAGUCCCUACAGCAAGAAGCCGAUCGACUACAGAUAGAUAUACACGACCUCGAGCUUCGACUUACAGAGAUGAAGGCGAAGCACCGGCGGCUCAUCGCUGAGAUAUCGGGUCUGGAGAACUCGGUACAGUCAAAGCUUUCGAGCUUUAAGGCGUCAUUGUCGCUGCUUGACGGGGAAAUCAGACGCUUUCUGGACAGGCCUCCUACCUUGCUGACCGCUGCGGCUCCUGAUGGCUCUACGUUCUUAACCUUACCUCCGAAGAGGAGAACGCUUAGCAUGGCCAAAGACCACUGGCAGGCUGGACGCCAGGAACUGGAGCAGAGAUACGGACGUGUUGAGCUAGAACGUGAGGCUCUGGAAGAAGGCGCUGUAGUAUGGAAAAGUGUAGUCGACAGAGUCGCUGCGUUCGAAAUGUGGCUUGCGGAUGAGAUGCGUACUAGUAGCGUUAGUGACGGAAGUAAGAGCAGGCAGUUGAACGGCGCGCAUGGCCUCUCGGACCUCGUAACGGAUAUGGACGACGCUAUUCAGUAUAUCGAAGGAAAGCUCGAGCUUGCAGAGACACGAAACUGGAAGCUACUUGAGUGCUGCAUUGGCGCGGAGCUUGAGGCAUUCAGGCGAGGUCGGCAAAUAUUGCAGCAGCCGAUACCAGUUACAAGAGAUGGUCAAGUGUUUGAGCACGAAGAUGGUGAGAGGGCGUCGACAGCUCCACCGCCGAUGAGUGGCGAUGCGUUCAGUCCUGCAAGAAAGAAGCCGGACCAGGGAAGCCGGCGGAAGAUAUUCCAUUCUGACGAUGACGAGCCGGAUCCGGAGUUACUCAUAUCCCACCAGGACACAGACACUGAAUCCGAGCGUUCAGAUGAAGUGAAGUGA